AUGGUUCGCUUCCUAUCCACCAGUACCAUCCGAGCAACGAGUCACAAUGACUCAACUAAUAGAGUCGAGUUAACUCCAUGGGAUCUCCGACACCUCAUAGUUGGGUAUAUUCAGAGGGGCCUCCUCUUUGUCAAACCUACAUCUUCACAAGAAAAACAACUUGAUGAAGAAAACAAUGUGAUCGAUCACCUAGCAUCCUCCCUCUCUCGCACAUUGGAUAUAUUCUAUCCUCUUGCUGGCCGACUUGCCAUGAUUGAAAACAGUGAAGAUGAUACCACCUCCUUCUUCAUUGACUGCAAUAACCAAGGAGCCCAAUUUGUCCAUGCAGUUGCAGAUGGUAUCACUGUGGCUGAUAUCCUUGAGCCUAUCUAUAUCCCUGAUCACAUUAUUGAUUCCUUGCUACUUAUGAACAGUGUUCCGAACUAUGAAGGCGUUUCCAAACCAUUGCUUGCCGUGCAAGUAACUGAGCUUGUUGACGGCAUCUUCAUCGGUUGCUCUCUAAACCAUGCCGUUGCUGAUGCAACCACAUUCUGGCAUUUCUUUAAUACUUGGUCUGAGAUUUCUCGAGGCAACAGUGACAAUUUGCAACCGUACCCCAUAUUUGAACGUAGUGGUUUUGACGGUGUUAUCAACUUUCCCAUUCACAUACCAAGCCCUCUAAAAGUAAAAGCUGAGAAAUUCAUUCCUGAUCAACAGCUGCAACGAAGGUAUUUUCACUUUACAAAGGAAAAAAUUGCAGAACUUAAAGCAAAGGCCAACAAAGAAAUGGACACUGACAGGAUCUCAUCUCUGCAAGCAGUCGUGGGUCAUUUUUGGCGAUCCACAACUCGCUGUCGGAGUCUAGAUUCCGGCGAAAAGGUUAUCUGCAUUGUAGCUCUGGGGACGAGGCAUAGAAUGCAACCUCCAUUGCCAAAACAGUACUUUGGGAACGCAGUGCAUGGGGAGAUAGUCAUAAGCACAGCAGGGGACUUGAUAGAACACGGAAUCGGCUGGGCGGCUUGGCGUAUAAACAAUAUGAUUGCUUCAAAGACAACACAAGAAGUGAGAAAGUACUUGGAUGAGUGGGUGAAAAAUCCUUGGGUGGUGAACACUACCAGCAGCCCAGCCAUAAGUAAUAAAGUGCUCUUAGGAAGCUCGCCAUGGUUCAACGUGUAUGGUAAUGACUUUGGUUGGGGAAAACCCAUCGCGUUGCGAGGCGGUUUUGGGGCUAAAUUUGAUGGGUCGUUACUUGUGUUUCCUGGGAAAGAAGAGGGUAGCUUUGAUUUUGAAGUUUGCCUUUUGCCUGAGACUCUAGUUGCUAUGGGAGAGGAUGCAGAGUUUAUGGAGGCUGUGGCCACAUGA